AUGUCACAUAAGAUCUACUUUGAGCCCAAUCGGCUUGUAAUUGAAUUGAUCCAGGAUGACGCUUCUUAUACCUACAAGGAAACACAAGUAGAUAAACUGGAUGCCACCACCACAGUCGUCAAAUCACUCCCUAAAAGCUUGAUAGAAAAAGGUGUGUACAUCAUUGACUCAAUUAAUUCAGGCAUUGGCAGAUCUGAUGAAAGAAACCUCUACACUCGCAUAAUCAAGCCCUUGUUUGAAUCGUUGUGCAUAAAGCAUCGCCAUUUCAAAACGGAGAAUGCUCGUUCAAUCAGUGAGUUUGCCUCAAACUUUCAAGAUGUGGACGCCACAGUCGUCUUCCUCAGUGGAGAUACGUCAAUUACUGAAUUUAUAAACGCAUUAAAUCCAUCAGGUUCAGGCUCUAUUUCUAUAAUUCCUAUCCCUGUUGGAACUGGAAAUAGUUUUGCUUUGUCCUUGGGGUUGACAGACCCGAUUUCGUCUAUUGUGCGGUUGCUUCAAACAGAAACAGUGUCUCCUUUGUAUCUAUACACAGCUGAUGUCCCCAGUGGCACUCGGUAUUUAGUGCAAGACGAAUUUCAGGAGGAAGUCGUUUCCCCAACACAUUUCAUUGUUGUUUUCUCGUGGGCGUUUCAUGCAAGUUUAGUUGCUGACAGUGACACCCCAGAAUUACGCAAGUAUGGAAUCGAAAGAUUUAAAAUCGCUGCGCAGAAUAAUUUGAGUAGAGAACAAAAAUACGAAGCUGACCUUUUAAUCAAUGACGAAGUUAUUGGUGGUCCCUUUGCGUACUGGGUGCUAACUCCCUCUAAAAAAUUUGAACCAACUUUUGAUAUUUCACCCGAGGGUGAUAUUUUUGAUGACAAUUUAUACUUGAUUGCUUUUCGCACCAAGCCAAACGAUAACAGCUACAUCAUGGACAUCAUGAAACAAGUAUACGAUGGCGGUAACCACAUAAAUAACCCAGAUGUGAUUUAUCGCGAAAUCAAUCCGAAGGACAGAGUACAAUUGAAAUUAAAGAACUCAGAGGACUUGCUCAAGAGAAGGUUUUGCGUAGAUGGAAGUAUUAUUGCCCUUACUGAUGCUGAAAAAAACAGUAUCACAAUUCAGGUAAAAGACAAUACAUUAGGUAAGUGGAAGUUGUUUAUAUUACAUUAA